UCAAUUUGCGCCUUCUUGCUCCCCUGCCGCCACUCCGCCCGCGCUGCUCUGCCAUGCCGUGCUCCGAAGAGACGGUCUCCCCCAGCAAGCGGCCCCGGCCUGCGGAGGAGGGCGGCCUGCGGCUCCGCUUCGUCCGGCUGUCGGAGCACGCCACCGCGCCCACCAAGGGCUCCGCCCGGGCCGCGGGCUACGACCUGUACAGUGCCUAUGAUUACACGGUACCACCUAUGGAGAAAACCCUUGUGAAAACCGACAUUCAGAUCGCUCUUCCUUCUGGGUGCUAUGGAAGAGUAGCUCCACGUUCUGGCUUGGCUGCAAAACACUUCAUAGAUGUGGGAGCUGGUGUCAUAGAUGAAGAUUAUAGAGGAAAUGUUGGUGUUGUACUGUUUAAUUUUGGCAAAGAAAAGUUUGAAGUGAAAAAGGGUGACCGAAUUGCACAGCUCAUUUGUGAACGGAUUUUUUAUCCAGAAAUAGAGGAAGUUCAAGCUUUGGACAACACUGACCGGGGUUCCGGAGGUUUUGGUUCCACCGGGAAGAAUUAAAAUCUAUGCCAAGGGCCCGGCCGGUGUGGCUCAGCAGUUGAGCAUCGAUCCAUGUACCAAGAGGUUACCGGUUCAAUUCCUGGUCAGGACACAUGCCCAGGUUGUGGGCCCG